AUCUGUUGAAACAUAUUCUUACCGUCUGAACCAGGCCAUGCCAGCUGGAUAUAAACCAUCACCUUUGGGUUACGGUUCUCCUCGAAGCUCUCCUUUCCGACGACCUGAAUCGCCUGCUUCACCGACAGCACCUCGACAUACAACACCGACGCCGUCACCGACGAAAGUCAGCGCUCUUCAUACUCCUUCAAGAUUCGCCCCUACGACAGAAUCACCUACGAGUAGUGUGGAGAGCCAGACACCUCGUCGAUACGACCAGACCACCAACAUGCCAUUCACCCAACCGCUUGGUUCUCCCGUGCACAUGUCACGGUCGCAACCGCCGUUACAAUCCGCAGCUCAGGGGAAUGCACUUUCACAACUACAGCCGGCACAGGUUAGGGUGCUCAGAGAUGGAUUCCAGAUCUUGGAUAGAGACAGUGAUGGAGUCGUAAAUAGGGAAGACGUUGCAGAUAUGCUCAACCAACUCGGAUUACCAUCUAGUCCAUCCGAUGUAUCACAGUUCUUCCCGCCGGCGGGACCACAAACGACGACUCUUGCGGUGUUCCUAAAUUCGAUAGCUACGACAUUGGCCGCGAUGUCGCCGAGCGCAGAACUCUUAUCGGCAUUCUCUGCUUUCGAUGAUGACGAUAGUGGACAAGUAGACCUUAACGAGUUGCGUGAUGCAUUGCUUCAUACUGCACCAGAACCAGACGAGAGGGCAUUGACGUCGAUGGAGGUAGAGAAGAUCAUGAGUGGAUUCAGCGGAAGGAGAGCAUUCAGCAAGAGUAUGGCCGGGGGGUUGGGGAAACGCGGUGAGGUCUUCAAGUAUCAGGAGUUCGUGAAUUCUAUCGUGGGCGGAAAUAAUUCGUCGGAACCCAGUUCUCAUGAAACCUCGGAAGAAUGAGGUCCUCGAAAUGAUGAUUCUCUGCGCACUCUAUACGUGGGGAAUAAUAUGGCUGGGCUGAGUAUUGAGGUGUUAAGAGGUCUCAAACGAAUGCUUCCCCAUACCGAGUUAUGGAUGGGUACAUACGUUAUCGUUGUCUGGAUGCAUUAAAUACGAUAUUCUCGUGUUGUAGAGUAGAUGGCCCUUAAACAACCCGAAUGGGAUUGCUUCCCUAAUAUAUAGCCUUUAUCAUGCUACGUAUCUCGGAAUAGAGACCGAGGUAUAAGAUAACCUAAUUUCUUACCGUCAUUUGGGAAUGACC